AGGGAGACAGGGCUGUGCUUAGCCUGAGAGUAGCUCCCGGAGACGCCGCCACAGACUGCUGCUGAGGACAGCUUUUGGAAGGGGUUGGACUAGCCAGCAACCCCUCAGCCUUGUUCAUUCUGGAGGAAGAAGGGAUAGUUUUGUCUUCUUUGGAACACCUAGCCUGGGGUCACCCCCUGUUUGAUUUUAAGUAAUUCCCUCCAUGAGAACUGAAUUCCAAGUGUUCAUCAAGGGCAAACACAGUGCCCUCACCACGUUGGAGAUGGGAGAGGAUGACAGCUUCUGAGACUGCAGGAUAACGGCUCUGAGGUGCCCCCCAUUCAAAAUGCCGUUUAAAGCGUUUGAUACCUUCAAAGAAAAAAUUCUGAAACCUGGAAAGGAAGGAGUGAAGAAUGCAAUGGGAGAUUCACUGGGGAUCUUACGAAGAAAAAUCGAUGGCACCAAUGAAGAAGAAGAUAACAUUGAGCUGAAUGAAGAAGGAAGGCCAGUGCAGACGUCCAGGCCACGCCCCCUGCUCUGUGACUGUCGCUGUUGUGGCAUCCCUAAGCGGUACAUCAUCGCUAUCAUGAGUGGGCUGGGAUUCUGCAUUUCCUUUGGGAUUCGAUGCAACCUUGGAGUUGCUAUUGUGGAAAUGGUCAACAACAGCACCAUAUAUGUGGAUGGGAAACCAGAAAUUCAGACAGCACAGUUUAACUGGGAUCCUGAGACUGUGGGCCUUAUCCAUGGAUCUUUUUUCUGGGGUUAUAUUGUGACACAAAUUCCAGGUGGCUUCAUUUCAAAUAAGUUUGCUGCUAACAGGGUCUUUGGAGCCGCCAUCUUCUUAACAUCGACUCUGAACAUGUUCAUCCCUUCUGCGGCCAGAGUGCAUUACGGCUGUGUCAUGUGUGUGAGAAUUUUGCAGGGUCUAGUGGAGGGUGUGACCUAUCCAGCCUGCCAUGGGAUGUGGAGUAAGUGGGCACCUCCUCUGGAGAGAAGCAGGCUGGCCACAACCUCUUUUUGUGGUUCCUAUGCAGGGGCAGUGGUUGCCAUGCCCCUGGCCGGGGUGUUGGUACAGUACAUUGGCUGGGCCUCGGUCUUUUACAUUUAUGGUAUGUUUGGGAUUAUUUGGUAUAUGUUUUGGCUGCUGCAGGCCUAUGAAUGCCCAGCAGCUCACCCGACAAUAUCCAAGGAGGAGAGGGCCUACAUCGAGACAAGUAUAGGGGAGGGGGCCAGCUUGGUCAGCCUGAGUAAAUUCAAUACACCAUGGAAAAGAUUUUUUACAUCAUUGCCAGUCUAUGCGAUCAUUGUGGCAAACUUUUGUAGAAGCUGGACCUUUUAUUUGCUCUUAAUAAGUCAGCCUGCUUAUUUUGAAGAGGUCUUUGGAUUUGCAAUAAGUAAGGUGGGUCUCUUGUCAGCUGUCCCACACAUGGUGAUGACAAUUGUUGUGCCUAUCGGAGGACAACUGGCUGAUUAUUUAAGAAGCAGAAAGAUUUUGAGCACAACUGCUGUCAGAAAGAUCAUGAACUGUGGAGGCUUUGGCAUGGAAGCAACCUUGCUCCUGGUGGUUGGCUUUUCUCACACCAAAGGAGUGGCUAUUUCCUUUCUGGUGCUUGCAGUAGGAUUUAGUGGUUUUGCUAUUUCAGGUUUUAAUGUCAACCACCUGGACAUUGCCCCCCGCUAUGCCAGCAUUCUCAUGGGGAUCUCAAAUGGAGUGGGAACCCUCUCUGGAAUGGUUUGUCCCCUCAUUGUUGGUGCAAUGACCAAGCACAAGACCCGUGAGGAAUGGCAGAAUGUGUUCCUCAUAGCUGCCCUGGUACACUAUAGUGGUGUCAUCUUCUAUGGGGUCUUUGCUUCUGGUGAGAAACAGGACUGGGCUGACCCAGAGAAUCUCUCUGAGGAGAAAUGUGGAAUCAUUGACCAAGAUGAAUUAGCUGAGGAGACAGAAAUCAACCAUGAGACUUUUGCGAGUCCCAGAAAGAAAGUGUCUUAUGGAGCCACUACCCAGAAUUGUGAAGUCCAGAAGAGUGAAUGGAAGCAGCAGAGGGGAGUGACCUUUGAGAGGGAAGAGCCAUUAUCCUACCAGAAUGAAGAGGGAAACGUCUCAGAUGCAUCCUAACAUCUGUCUUCUCACCUAACAGUCAGAAAGCAUCCAUACAUACUGCCUUCCCCAUACCUCAGCUUGCCAGAGCGCCAAACCCUAGGACACUGGAGGUAGCAGGAGAGUAAAUCAACAGACAAAAGAAAUGCUUUCUUUAGUGACAUGAGUAUGGAGCUUGUCUCAGUUGACACAGUAGUUGCUCAUCAUUUUCUUUUGGGGGGGUGCAGAUUAGCAGUUGAUCAUUCUCUCAAAGAACUAGUUAUUCAGAAAGGAAUGACUAAAAGAAAAAGAAAUACCUUGUUCAGAUAAACAUAGAAGGAAAUCCCCACAUGGCCUGGAGGAGAAUAAAUGGUCACUGCUUCCAUAUCUUCUGGGCAGGCGUGCUGAGGAAGGUUUCCUAUUUCUAAUGAAGGGAACCUCUCAAGGAAGUCCUCUGUUGUGCCAGGUGCUUUAUAAACACUCUUAUUUAACCUCCACAUCCCUAUGAAAUAUAUUUAUUAUCCCCAUUUUGCAAUUAAGGAGACUAAGAAACAGAUCUGACCAAGGUCAGCCUGCCAUGUCUGGAGCUGAGAUUGGCAGAGUCCCAAAUGAGUGGGAGUUUUAGGAAAAAAGAUUCUAUUCCAGUGUGGAAGACAUCUUUAAUAAUGAAAACUGAAAUUAGAAUCAGUUGUUUUGUGUAUAAUUCCAUGUUUUUGGCAGGUGUGUGUGUGUGUGUGUGUGUGUGUGUGUGUCUGUAAAUAUUUAGGUUAAUGUGGCAGAGGGGAUUAAAAAAUUACAUGAGGGUUUUAACUCAAAGACCUUUAGGGACUUAUAUUACCUGAUGAGUCCAACAAUUUGGUGAAUCGAUAGCUUUUUUCCA